AUGCCGUUUCCAAACGCCAUCGUGACAUGGCAGUCUCCAAGGGAGCUGUCUUCUGUGGUGGAGGUUCUUCAGAGCUGUCCGAAUCUUUUGGAUUGCCUUUGCGAGACAUCUUUCACGGAAGCGAUGCGGCGGCCGCCAAGUCCGCACCGGAGGCUGUUUAUUCUCUUUCCAGGUAAUCCUGGCGUAGUACAGUUUUAUGAGCGUUUCGUGGAACUCAUGUCUGUACGUCGUUUGGACGUGCUUGUGAUGGGGUUUGCCGGGCACAGUGUCGUUGACCAAAACAACGGUAGGGCCUUUGAUCUUCAGGACCAGGUGGAGACAGCCGACCACUUUUUGCAUGCUGUUUUUACCCCCUACACGCUGAAGUGGUAUGGAAAAAAUAUUUACGUUGGAGGUCACAGUAUUGGGGCGUUUCUCGCGUUGCAGAUGCUAACACGUUUUUCAUGUAUUAAACGUUGCUUCUCGCUUUGCGGGGUACUUUCAAAUAUACAGAAUUCACCGAAUGGGAAACGUUUCUUUUUUCUUAGUAGCAACAUAUUGCUUUACACCCUCUUUACCUACUGGUUGGCAUUACUUCUCCUGAUGCCGAGGGUACUCUUUGCGCUGCUGUUGCGCUGGUACGCGCCCACGGUAAGGCCCUCGCUGCGGAGACUGCUGACGCGGCACUUGAAUCAGAACAUCCUCUGGAACUGCUUUGGUAUGGCGCGGCAAGAGUUUCGUCAGGUACGCGAGCUUGACAGGCCACUGAUGAAGGCCGUGGAGGAUCGCAUGGUUUUCUUCUACGUCGUCAGUGACAGGUGGGCGACACCGCAGCAUGCACGUGAGGUACAGGAGCUGUGUGAGGGGCACGCCGGCUUUGUGAUGGAAAUGGAUCCGAAUAUCCCUCAUGCCUGGUGCCUUGACCACAACGAGGUUGUGAUUGAGCGCGGCGUUAUGCCGUUUCUCUGA